UUCUAAAUUCUACAGAGUACUUGCUGGAGAGAUGGAAGGUUUGGGGGAGUUAAUGUGUCGAAACUGUAAGAUGGCAUUCCAUUCUACUGCACUCUUGGAUAAACACAAGGCCAAAUUCUGCAUUGGCACAGACCUAAAAGACCCACUCGCUCUAUGGAGACAAAGGGGAUUCACGCAAACGGAGAAAGCAGCUGUGAAGAUGGUGCAUCCUACACCUGAUUUAAUUAUUCUGAAGGAAAAGAGAGAUCAUCAAGUGGAUGAGAAAGAGAGUGCACAGGACAAUGUGUCAGAGAAUACUGCUCUAAACAAACUCACUGAGGAAUUUCAAAAACUCAGGAUGUCUUUUGAACCAAACCUGCCCAGAAGACAGCAAGAGGUAUCUGAGGAGCAGACCUCUCUCCAGCAGAGAGCUGAUGAGCAAAGGGCUCUUCAUGAGCAGAGACUGGCUGAGAUCAGAGCACACAACAAUCAGCUGGAGAAGCAGAGAGAGGAAAUAGAAGAGCGGCUUGCCGAGCUGGCAGGAUGGGAGAGGACGGCACAUCUUGAAGAAGUGCUGCAAGAACUGAGGUAUCAGGAACAGAGAAACGAGGAGGUUCUGCAUCAGCUCAGCUCUCACAUCAACUCAGUGAAAGGGCCCAGUUCAAAUGAAGUCCCCUCUAACCCACCAGAGAAAAAGAAGACACAACAUGUUACUUUUGACUUGAUCACUUCUGUGGAUGGACCUCUCUCUGCUCAGAUAAGAGCUUUGCGUCUGGCAUACAUGCAGUUUGGUGGUUCUGAUCCAGAGGUUCUGGCCAAUAUGCAUGACCUUCAAGCAGAGGCUCUUACGCUGGAGCAGGCAAAACAUAUAGCUGAAGGCAAGACAAAAGGAAGACGGAUGAAGUCUCCUCACAGACUGCUGGACCCUGAUGUUCUUGCUGUGGAGCAGGAGAACCAAAGGCUUGAGGAGGAAAUCUUCAGAAUCCAGCAGGCCAGGGAGAAGAACAAAGGAGAGUCUGGAUCAGGGCUCAUUGAUAUCCAGAAAGACCACAUCCAUCAAAUGGCUAGCCUUCAAGCCGAGAUCGCCUUUUUAAGGAGAGAAAUAGAGAAGGGAAGAGAGAGAAGACCACACCAUCCUCAAGCUCCUCUGCCUGUUUUUCCUGGAUCUUCUAUGGCCAUAAUACACCCUGCUCUGCCACUGGAUCAGAGUUCAAAACAGUAUUCAUUAAUGGGCUCCCAUGUAACUGAUCCGAUGGCAACUCUCGGUCCUGCUCCUUAUGAUCCUGUGGCUGGCCUUGUGAUCUUCUAUGACCUGGUGAUGGGUGUUGAAGAUGCUUUGAGAUCAGUGCGUUUAUUGCCAGGGUUAUAUUUUAAUGGACAGAAGUUGGGACAAACCACCCCGAUGCCACCUGUGCAGUGCCAGCCUGCAGGACCAUUACUGUCCACCAAGAGUCCUGGAAAUUAUGCCAUACUGGCUGUUAAGCAACCUGUGCCAAGAGUACAGCCAUCUCCAGAUCUCUCUUUGGUCAUAGAGAUACAGACUUCUAAAGUUCUGGAUUUGUUCAACCAUGAAACUGAGGGCUUGGUGACUUGUGGCUGGGCUAAGCUUGAUCUCUUUGACCAGCACAACCAGGUUCACAGUGGUCACUGGAGGCUUCCCUUCCGCUCUCUCCCAGUUCAAGCAUCCUUAAAUCCAGGUCAACUGAAUUCUGUGCCACAAAUGGGUAACAUGGAACUUUGUCUUAGUGUAGCAAAUGCUUGUGAUGGUGAUGUACAGACCCUUGAAAAGAUUGACCCCAACAACACCAACCAAUACAAGUACAUAUCCACGGUGGUCUCAAACACAAUCCUGGCAAACCAAGAACAACGCAAUACAUUGCAACCCUCAUCCCAUCCAUUACCUUCAUCACUGCCACAGACACAUCAUGUGGAAAAAAAGUUAGAAGAAAAUUGCAUAAUUUAA